AUGGAGACCCCCCUGAGCAAGUCCAGCCUCGCGACCCUCGUCGCCGAGCCGCGCCCGUCGCUCGUGCCCCCGCGCUGGGCGGACACGGUGCGCGCCGUGGCCGUCGCCGAGAGCAAGCAGGCCGGCCUGUCGCUGGCGCACUCGUUCGCGUCCGACGCGUCGAGCCGCUACCUUCUCGACGUCGACGACAUGGCGGCCCGCUCGGCCGAGCACAAGUGGAAACUCCACGUCGACAUGAUGACGUACAUCACGACGGCGCACGCCCUCGACGGCCUCGUCACGACCAUUGGGCCGGACCACGACGCCGUCGCACUGUGGUGGGUAACGCCCCCCCGGGCUGUGUGUGCUGGACACAAAGCGGCGGAAGGAAGAGAAGCUGACGAAGAAGACAGGGUCCCGCCCGGCAAGGACACGGACGGCUGGCUCAACCUCUUCCGCUCGGGCCUCUGGCGGCUCGCCUACCGGCUGACGCCCGAGGCGCGGAGGCGGUACAACGACGACUUCCUCCCGCUGCUGCACGACGCCAAGGCCGAGGUCAUGGGCGCGCGGGACGCCGAGUGCUACUACCUCGUGUACAUCGGCACCAAGCCGAACGCGCGCAAGAGGGGGUACGCGGGCAAGCUGCUCAACGACAUGAUUGCGCGGGCCGACGCCGAGGGCCGUCCCAUGUAUCUCGAAUCGAGCUCGCCGGGCAAACAAUGCCUUACUACGCCAAAGUUUUGCUUUGAAAUUCAAGAAAGGAUAUUUUACCUCAGGGGCAGCGGUGCGGCCUGUGCCCCUUUUCCAUCAUUGUGCCGGGAACCCGCAGCUGGGUGA